GCUUAGCUUUAGCUUKCUGCCUUGCUGUGGUAUCUUGCCUACACAAAUGCUGAAGCUUUGGAAAACACAUUUUGAAAUGUGUGAUUGAUAAAGCAUUGAUGGAAAUUCAGGAACAGCUGGUCAUGGUGGAACUAUCGGGAAUUAUUGAUUCGGACUUCUUAGAAAAAUGUGAAAACAAAUGCAAGAUUUUGGGAAUAGAGACAGAGAGGCCUAUUUUACAAGUGGACAGAUAUGUCUUUGCUGGAGAGUACGAAGAUACCUUGGGGACCUGUCUGUUUUUUGAAGAAAAUGCAGAGCAAGAUGCUGAAGGCAACCAGAAGCUACAGCUGAAAUACAAGUGCCAUACAAUGAAGAAACUGAAUAUGACACGGACGCUAUUAACAGAGAAGAAGGAAGGCGAAGAGAAUGUCGRUGGUGUGGAGUGGUUACAGAUCAAGGACAGAGAUUUUUCCUACAGUAGACCCAACAUGAUUUGUAGCUUUCUGCGUGAAAGGGAAGAUGGUGAAGACUCGGCUCAGGCCCAGGACAAAUUGACUGAGGAGUCAGAGGGAGAGGUGAGCGACAGAGGGAAUUCUGACCUGAGUGGUGAUUUGGAGAAGGAGCCCAGCUUGGAAGUGGGUGCCUCGGUUCCUCUGCCUGACAGCCCGGCUUCUGCCGCGGAGGAUUCUCCUUCCAGAAGUGCUGCCUUAGACAAAGCCCCACCGUGAUGGUUGCUCUGAUGCUUUCAGGAUUUCUUUGUGGAGUUAAGGGAACAAUUUUAAGGGCCUUGACCUGAUUUUCGAUUUGUUUGAGCAAUUAGUAGGGAAAAACUGACUUUAUAUUCUUGUAUAAUACUGGUUGGAUAAUAAUAAUGUCUGGAUCGUGGUGGGGUUUUUUUAUAUAUUUUUAUGUAUUUGGGUUUUUUAAAUGCAAAUUGGAAAUGUAUGUAUCUCUACCUCAGAACUGAAGAGGAAGAAACAGCUAUAUAAGAACGAACUAGCUGAGGGGAAAAAAAUGUAUUGUACAAUGUGAGACAUCUUGUAAUGGGCAAGAAGAAUAAAGCCCUGACACUUCUA